AUGUUGGCCACAGGAUGGAUACUCGUCAACUCCAAUCUUUACUACAUCUCUACUGAGAAGAAGAGCUGGACUGAGAGCAGAGAGGACUGCAGAAAGAGAGGAGCAGACCUGGUGAUUAUAAACAGUGCAGAGGAACAGGAGUUCAUCAUUAGACAGCUGGGCAACAUUAAUCAGGCUUGGAUUGGUCUGAGUGACAGAGGCACAGAGGGAGAGUGGAAGUGGGUGGACGGGACAGAAUUGAAGAGCGGCACUGGGUUCUGGUAUAAGGGUGAACCGAAUGAUGCAGGUAAUAAUGAAGACUGUGCUGAGAUCUGGACUUUUCCAGAUAGGAAGGCCUGGAAUGACAGACCAUGUCCUUAUGAAACACCAUGGAUCUGUGAGAAAAGUGUUUCUUAUCGGACUUGGAUUGGUCUGAGUGACAGAGAAACAGAGGAAGAGUGGAAAUGGGUGGACAGUACACCACUGACCACUGCGUAAGAGACAGCUUUAUGUUUACUGUAUUCUGUACUGUAUUCUAAUUUACUCAUUGUGCAUUUCAGACAGCAUCUGAUAAAUAAACACAGAUAUAUUUUGUGUUAUAUUCUCAUUUGUCAGACAUAACUAUUAUAUUGUUAUGAUUUGUUAGGAAUCUCAGUGGAACGUUGUGGAAUUGAAGGUAUCUGAACACUGAUUCAGAUUCUCUUGGUUUCAGGUACUGGGAUAAAGUGCAACCAGAUAAUUACAAUAAUGCAGACUGUAGUGAGGUCGGGUCUCUACAUUGUAAGGGCUGGAACGACAGACCAUGCUUUAACAAACAAGGUUGGAUCUGUGAGAAAAGUGCUUCUUAGUUAAUUAAAUGGCCAAAUGAAAGUUUUGAUCAUUUGGAGCAGCGGUAAAUAUGUCUCAAGUCUGUUCUUUUAUUAUCAGUGUGAACAGUGGCCACUGCAGUGAUGUAACCAGGAAAUGUUUUCAGUGGAGAAUGAGGAAAUGUGCUCAAUAAAAAUCACCAGAUCUCUAGAAAUAAAUUGAGAAGUUCCAGUGAAAAUGACUGAAAUAACAUGCUAAUAGGGGUAUGUGUUACCUUAUAAACCCAGAUCUGCACUUCUUUUUUCUCCUGCAGUAGAUGUCCAGUACUUCAUCAGCUAUCACGUCCAUAUCACAUCUAUCACGUCCAUAUCCCUGUACUGCACUUUCCCCAAUGGGUUCCCAUGGGC